ACCUGCUGCUUUUGUUCUGGAGUCUGGUGUUUUCCUCACAGCAUUUACAAAGAGCUCAAGACAGGAUGAGGAGGCUGCUUGUUCAAAUCCUUUGCAUCACCAAAGUCCUGCUCUGUGCGGCCGACUCUCCUCCGCUGAGCGAGGACACGCUGAAAAAGCUGUCUGCAGCAGGAGAGCAGUGCGUGGAUGAGGAAAUAAAGCGGGCGUUACUCGGAGUGAAGCAGGUGAAGGAAACGAUGGAGAAAAAAGAGGAGAGGCACCGACAUCUCAUGGAGGCCCUGAGACACAGCAGGGACAAGAAGAAGGGGGCGAUGCAGCUGGUCUGGGAAACAGAGCAGAAACUAGAGGAGGCUGAGCAGCAGUGUCAAUAUUUAACCAAAUCCUCCUUUGAAGAAUGUCAGCCAUGUCUUGAAGAUACUUGCAAGGCCUUCUACACGUCUACAUGUCGCCGCGGCUUCGCCUCCUUCUCAUUCAAGGUGGAGGAGUUUUUCAGGAGAAUGGCCGCCCAGCUGGAGGCCGAGGAGCAUGUUUACAAUCAAAACGAGGAGAGAGUGGGUCACACCGACUCACCCGAGAACCAGCUCCCAGAGGACGGUGCAGAUCUGGAGCUUCUGCAGGCCGACGCGUCGUUCGGCCGGCUGCUGUCGAACACCAGCCUCCUGUACGGCCGCAGCACCGCGCUGGUGAAAAGGAUGCAACAGGUGUUCGGGCAUUCCUUCCUGGCGGCCUUCACCGCAGAUGUCCGACCCAGCCCGCUGUCUUCCAUGCAGGGCAGCUCCGGCGCUGGCUUCUUCGGGACGUUGGGUCUGGAUCACAUCCUCGAGUCUGUAUCUGACUUCGGGAGGAAUGUGCUGGAUGAACUGAGCUCCACAGUGGCCGAUGUAUUUGAGGAGAUACAAGAAGCAGAGAUAUACUUUCAGCAACCAAGCACAGGUACAGCAGCCCUGUCUGCUGUGGGACAGCCACAGAGCAGACAUCUGUGCAGACGACUGCGCAGACAAGCAUCAGAGUGCUGGCAGCUCCAAAGUUUGUGCGAGACGUGUGAAGAUUAUCUGUUAAAAGAGUGUCCCGGCGUCCAGCAGUUACACUCUGAGACGGAGGAGAUGCACAUGCUGCUCAACGCCUCCCGUCAGCAGUACGACGACAGGCUGCAGCUGGUCCAGAGACACACAGCGGACACGCAGAGAUGGCUCGGAGACAUGGAGGACAAGUACGGCUGGGUCGGCCGGCUGUCCAACAGCACCGUGGGCCCACGCGGCACCUUCAGUGUGAUCACAGUGACUGCACAGCAGCAGCAGCUGAAGACCAUGAGACCUAAAGCUGAGAGCAGUGUGGUUGUAACCGUACUGGACUCAGGACCAGUAACCGUCUCCGUCCCCUCAGAGCUGGAGGUGGACGACCCCGUUUUUAUCCAGUAUGUAGCUCAGGAGGCUCUGGCACUCCAUAAACAGCAGAUAAGAGGUAUUGAUCCCUGCAGUGUUGUGGCUUAGUUAAUUAUCUGGCUCCCAGCUUCAGCUGGCAGAGCUCCAACUUCAAUUUGAGUAAAAUUAAAUGUGAUCGUUUGAAACCGCCAACUUUACACCAUGACAAAUCUCAUGUGCAUUUCUUCAAAUGCAAUCUUCUCCUGAAAGCCACAAUGCAAAUGAUAUUAUAUGUUAUAAUCCAAAAUGAUGAGGUAACUAAGAAACGAUCGUAAAUUGAAUCCUUCACUGGCUUUCUAUUAAAAGAUAAAAUGUACCCUGUGCAAUGCAGCAUUGUUAUUUAGAGCCAUGGAAAUAUUUAAGCUUUUG